AUGGCAGCAUCCCAAACUUGUUCUCCAUUUCUCAAAUCGGCUAACCCAUUUCCAAUGGCAACAGUUUCUUCCUUCACUGUCUCCUCCAAAACCCUAACCCUAACCCUACCUAACCACCCCAAAACCUCAUCCCUCAAUUUCAACAACCUCUCUAUCCGUGCCAAAACCCGUACCAGAAACGCUAUCCAGAUUCGUGCGGCGGUUGAUGAAGAUUACUCUUCCAAGAGAAGCGGAAGCAAUGAGCCGAAAGAGACGAUUAUGCUUCCUGGCUGUGAUUACAAUCAUUGGCUCAUUGUAAUGGAGUUUCCUAAAGACCCUAAACCCUCUCGGGAGCAAAUGAUUGAUACUUAUCUUCAAACUCUUGCAUCUGUCUUGGGAAGCAUGGAAGAAGCAAAGAAGAACAUGUAUGCCUUUAGCACCACAACUUACACUGGAUUUCAAUGCACUGUUGAUGAAGCAACCUCCGAGGAAUUCAAGGGUUUACCUGGUGUUCUCUGGGUCCUGCCAGAUUCAUACAUAGAUGUUAAAAAUAAAGACUAUGGAGGUGACAAGUACAUAAACGGGGAAAUCAUUCCUUGCAAGUACCCUACUUAUCAACCAAAACGUAGUGGUGGAUCAAAGAGUGAGGGUAGAAGGUAUGAAAGACGGAGGGAUGGCCCUCCUGCUGCUGGGCGUCAAAAGCCAGGACAAGAGGCAGCCACCUCAGAUUCAUCCUCUGCAUGA